UUCCCGGGGCAGGACGGGGCAGGACGGGGCGGCCCGGGGCGGGUCUGUGCCCCCCGAGCCGGGGGCAGCCGCAGGGAGUCCCCCUCAGCCCGGCCGCUGCGCCCAGCGCGCAGGGAACGUGUCUCUCGGCCUGUCCCCGCCCGUGUCCCUGCAGUGGUAGAGCCGAACGCCCUCCGGGGAUCCCUGUGCCCGCCUCGCUCGGGCGGAGGGGAUGUGCCCCGGAGGGAUGCUCGGAGGAGUCUGUGACCUGUCCGGCGGCUCCUCUCCAAACCCUACUGGGUUCAGUGUGUGCUGCCGACGGGGGUGCCCGGCAGCUGUGUCCCGUGGGCAGGAGGUGGGUCACCCCUGCGCCGGGCAGCCUUGCAGUGACUCCAGCGUGAAGCAGUCACUGGUGCAUGAGCAGCAAGGGCAUGAAGCCCACUUCCUAGGCAACUCUCGCUGAGCAGGUCCUGGGGUGUGCUGGCAAGUACAGACCCCUGCUCCGGGUGCCUGCCUGUGCGUUGUCCCUCUUGACAGGGACGAUGCCCAUCAUCACCGGGCUGGUCCAGGUCCCACCAGGACAUGGCUCUGGAGUAGACAUGUGGGCACCCCGCGGCUCUGCACAGCCACUCCCGUGGUUAGCAUCCAGGGGCCCUGCGGCACCUCGAUCCCGUUUGUCCUGAUUCCUGGGGAGGGAGGUGCAGAGGCCUGAAUGGCUGCUGUCGGGAUCAGCCAGGAGGUUUUCCAGCCUGGUGUGUCUGUCAAGUGCUCUCCUUUGGCCGAGGGCUGAGGAUGAAUCCCAGGUGCACGUGCCGUUUGCGAGGCAGGACGCGCGUCAUGACUGUCCCCGGGUUAAUGGCUGGCAUCCCGCUCUACCUGCCAGUGUGCCGCCGGCACCCACGGCCGCGCGGCCUGUCCAUCGGGCUCUGCUCCGCAGCCACAGGCAAACCCAGGGCUCCGGGGGGCCAGGCAGGUGCCGGAGUGCCCGCUCUCCCGGUGGCAUGGAGACAUGGUCCCGGCGCAGCGCUGCCUUCGACUGCGUACCCCAGCCAGCAGCCUGCUGCCCCGACUGGAUGGCGGAGCUCCCCGACGCCCUACCCCUCUCCCGCCUUUCCAUCCCUGGCACCCACGACUCCCUCAGCCUGUUCGGCGGCCGGCGCCUGCGGUGCCAGAGCUGGGGCCUGGAGGCCCAGCUGGCGGCCGGCAUCCGCUUCCUGGAUGUGCGCUGCAAGCUAUCGCGGGGUGAGCUCCGCAUCUACCACCUCUGCACCUUCCAGCGGGCCAGCCUGCGCGGCGUCCUGCGCCGCACCCUGCGCUUCCUCCGCGCCCACCCCGGCGAGGCCGUGCUUAUGCGCAUCAAGGAGGAGCUGCCCAUCUUCUCCCGGCCCGGCUUCGCUGCCCAGCUGCACCGCUGCCUGCUGGAGGAGGGACAGGGCUGUGUGUGGUGCCGGGAGGAGGUGCCAACCCUGGGCCAGGUGCGCGGGAAGAUCGUGGUGCUGGAGGCGCUGGCGCGGGAGGUGCUGGGCAUCCCCUACGAGCAGCUGAGCAUCAGCGACGCCUGGAACGUGCUCUCACUGGAGCGCAAGUGGGCCCGGGUGCGGCGGCACCUGGAGAAGGCGGCCGGCGGAGACCCCGCUACCAUGUACCUCACCUUCUGCUCCGGCAAUGGGCUCUUCACCUGCCCCGAGGAGGUGGCCCGCUUUGUGAACCCCCGCUGCUGCCAGCACCUGCGGCGCCGGGGCGGCCAGCCCGUGCGCUGGGGGGUGGUCAUCAUGGACUUCCCUGGCGCAGGCCUUCUCCGGCUCAUCGUGGACAGCAACGGCCCGCGGGCCAAAGGACGCGGCACAGCGGCCCCCGGCACCCCCGCGGUACCGUGCCGGCACCCCCGCGAAAGGGGACGGACGCCGCAGCCGGCACAGCUCUGCUCGCUGCCCGCGCCGCUGUCCCUCGGGAAGGACGCUGCUCCCGGCCCCGCGCCUCAGCCGAAGGACGUCAGUGCCUGGAGGGCAAAAGCGGGUUUCUAGGUCUUGCAGAGCACCGGAAAGCCUUCGUGGGAUAACGGUGUGACAGCCGCGGAGGCAGCAGAGGAGGGCCGGCUGUGGUCGGAGCCGGGCAGCCCGGGGAGCUGCGCCCUGCCCUGAGGAGCCAGGUACGGUGCCGGUGCAGGGCUGGGCCACCGAGACCCCACAGCGCAGCAGGGGUGGGUGGGGAUAGAACGUCCUACCUCACCUCCUGUCAAGCCAGUGAGUCCUCCCGAAAUGCCUCUCUGCAAAACAGUCCUUUUCCUUUCAAGGGUAAAUGAAAAUAAAAAGAAGCUAGGAAAGCA